AGAGUUACUACAUAAAGUGGAUACAAUUUUGCAUUUAUGUUGUUCCGUUUGUUCCCUACUUGACCUUGAUAGAAUAGACAAACUUUCCCCUUGUGGUCACCAUUGUUUUGUCACUAUAAGCUAUCAAUAACAUCACUUUGUCCUUAGGAGUAUAUAAGUCAUUUUUUAUUCAUCAUUAUUUGCUUAAAAUCCUUGCAAAAUGGAACCCUCAGUGCCUCUAGCCAGUGAGAGUUUUUCCUAUAGUUGGUUAUCUAACUCUAAAUCCCCUGCUGAAGACCUUCAUGAUGACCCUUUUAGAGAAUCUGAUGAUUUAUUGCAAAACUUUAAUUUUGAUAUUUCUGUCCCUCACUCACCUCUUGUUCUUGUUCCUGCUGAUGAGAUUUUCUCUGAUGGCCUUCUAAGGCCUAUGUUUGUUGACCCUUUAUCAAAAGUAGAGUUUUGCAAUACCCCUGAUCCUACUCAAACCAGGCUUGGUUCUUCAUUUUCUUCUAGAACUUUUUCUCCAAAAGCUAUGGAAAUUCAUCAUGGAUUGCUUACAAGGUGGAGAAAAUCAACAAGGAGAACUUUGGUGGACUUCUUUAGGUAUGUCAACCAAUUAAGGCAGAAAGUAGGGCGUUCAAGGAAAAGCAUCAGAGUUGAUGAUAUUGAUAAGACAGAUUGGCAAGUUAAAUGCUUGAGCAGUCCUCAGAAAGCAUCACCAAAACCAAUCACAACUCAUCUUAUUGGUGAUUUGCAUGAUUAUGAGAACUCAAUUUAUGAAGCAGUUCUUCAUUGCAAAAGAUCAAUAGGAAAAUGAUCCUUCCUCAGGUCAAGAGAAGUGAAUUGUAGAAGGAAGUGGAGAGCUCCUAGAAACUAUGGUGAUUGGUGGCUGAUUGAGCAUUCCAAUUUUUUUCUUGGUCUAGUUUUUUUCUCUCUUCUUCUCUCUUGGAUCAGUUAGAUGUUACUUAUAUUUUUCUGCCAAAAAAAGUAGUUUGUUUUGGUAGAAACCAGCUAUGGGAUUUAGAAUGUCAUAUUUCAGGAAAUGUUGGAUCCUAUUGCUCCUUGAUUUUGUACAGAAAUAAUUAGUAUCACAUACUGUGUAUGUUUUAUUUAUA